ACGAUCGAUUGGGGGAACCCGAAUUGAUAAUCACGCGGAUCUUAGUCGGAGCUCCGGCACCGCUUCGAAAAUCCAACCGUGGCUCCCUCCGCCCAGCAGCACCAGGGCAACCUCACCCGUCGGAGAUCAUUGCCGUCACCGGCGCCGUCGGCCGCCGCUUCAAAAUCGGGUUCUACGAGGAUAGUUUAUAGGGAAUCCGUUGGCAACUCCGGUUCGGAUCUGAACCUACCGUUUUGGCAGAGGACUUGGUUCAUUGUGCUGUUGCUUGGGAUGGCUUUUUCGUUUUUCGCAGUCGCGGUAUACUUGCUGGUGACGCUGGAUUCCGAUUAUGCCUCAACUCCUGCUGAUGCUGCCUCGGAAGGCGUUCAGGUUACAUAUGGCUCUACCAUCAAACUAAUGCAUGAGAAGACGAAAUUCCGGCUUCAUUCACACGAUGUUCCUUAUGGCUCCGGAAGCGGGCAGCAGUCUGUUACCGGCUUUCCAAAUGUUCAGGAUGCUAACAGCUAUUGGAUUGUGAAACCUACGCCAGAUUCAUUUGCGAAGCAAGGGGAUACGAUCAAAAGUGGGACAAUAAUUAGGUUGCAACAUAUGAGAAGCAGGAAGUGGCUGCACAGCCACUUACAUGCAUCCCCAAUAUCCGGCAACAUGGAGGUCAGUUGCUUCGGUGGGGAGGGCGAGUCCGACACUGGGGAUUAUUGGAGGCUUGAAAUCGAGGGAAGUGGAAAGACGUGGAGGCAAGACCAAAGAAUCAGGCUUCGACAUGUUGACACUAACGGAUACCUUCACAGCCACAACAAGAAGUAUUCCCGAAUAGCAGAUGGACAGCAAGAGGUCUGCGGCGUCUCGGACAAGAAACCUGAUAAUAUUUGGCUUGUAGCCGAGGGAGUUUAUUUUCCUGCCGCUGAAGGCAAGUGAAGCUAAUCUAAAACUCUCUAUUCUACGCUCAUCAUAUUCAUGACUAGAUUUAUAUAUACAUACAGAUAGGCAUGGAUUUUUAUGUGAUUUUUGUCUAAAUAGUUAAUGUGGGCUUCUAGUUUCUCUGAGGAUUUAAAAUGUCUGAGCAUUUUUUGGAAUGAUUAUAUGUGAUUUUUGCUGUUUCUCACCUAAAUCAAGAUGGUUGUUUUAUGAAA